GACAGGUGCGCGAGGCUGAAUGCCCGGGACCCGCGGCAGGGCCGGAAGCUGCGCAGAGAAAAAGGUCGCUUUUAGCCAGGUCUUUCAGUAUCUGUAGACAAAAUGGAAUCAACUCCAUUUAAUAGACGGCAAUGGACUUCACAAUCAGUGAGAGUAACAGCCAAAGAACUUUCUCUCAUCAACAAGAACAAGUCUUCAGCUAUUGUAGAAAUAUUCUCCAAGUACCAGAAAGCAGCUGAAGAAGCAAACAUGGAAAAGAGGAGAAGUAACACUGACAAUCACCCCCAGCACUUCAGAAGGGGGAUCCUAACUGUGCUGAAGAAGAAGUGGGAGAACCCAGGGCUGGAAACAGAGUCUCACACAGACUCCCUGAGAAACAGCAGCGCUGAGGUCAGACACAGAGGCGACCAUCCAACAGCUGAAGUGGCACGCAGCUCUGCUUCGGGGACUGAAGCUAACCAAGAGGACCCACUUCCCUCCACACCUACAGUCACAGCGCCUCCGGAAGCCCUUCCUCAGUAUCGGUAUCCCCGCGUUGAGGACGGUGAGGAUCUCCAAAACCACUCACCAGAAAGUGAAAAAAUGGAAAAUUGGCUGGGAGAAUCAAGGCAUGAAAUAGGAAAACCUGAAAUCAGUGAAAACACAGAAGCUGCAAACAAAAUAGAGAAAUACAAUGUUCCACUGAACAGGCUUAAGAUGAUGUUUGAGAAAGGUGAACCAACUCAAACCAAGCUUCUUCGGACCCAAAGCAGAAGUACAGGUGGAAGGAAGGUCUCUGAAAACAACUAUUCUCUGGAUGACUUGGAACUAGGCCCAGGUCAGCUGUCAUCUUCUGCACUCAACUCAGAGAAAAGCGAGAGUCGGAGAAAUCUGGAGCUACCCCGCCUGUCAGAAACUUCCAUCAAGGAUCGAAUGGCAAAGUACCAAGCUGCUGUGUCCAAGCAAAGCAAUUCCACCAACUACUUGAACGAGUUGAGAACCAAUGGUGGUGAAAUCAAAACCCAUAAGUUGGAGCAAAAGGAGAAUGUGCCUCCAGGUCCUGAGGUCUGCAUCUCCCAUCAGGAUGGAGAAAAGUUUUCUGCAACUGAAAAUAGCCUGCCAAUCCGUUCCACCCCUGCUGAAGAUGACUCCUGUAAGCAUUUGUUCUUAGAUCUGGAAGGUAACUCUAAGGUUAAGAGUGAGGUCCAACAGCCGGUCCAUCCCAAGCCACCAAAUCCAGAUGCCAGAGCCUCCAGCCUUUCUGAAAGUUCUCCUGCCAAAGCAGUGAAGAAGUUUCAGGCACCUGCAAGAGAGACUUGUGUGGAAUGUCAGAAGACCGUCUACCCGAUGGAGCGACUUUUGGCCAACCAGCAGGUGUUCCACAUCAGCUGCUUCCGGUGCUCCUACUGCAACAACAAACUUACUCUAGGGACAUACGCAUCUUUACAUGGGAGAAUCUACUGCAAGCCUCACUUCAAUCAGCUCUUUAAAUCUAAAGGCAAUUAUGAUGAAGGCUUUGGGCACAGACCCCACAAAGAUCUAUGGGCAAGCAAAAAUGAAAAUGAAGAGACUUUGGAGAGACCAGCUCAGGUACCAAAUGCAGGGGAGACCCCUCAGAGCCCAGGUGUUGAAGAUGCCCCCAUCGCUAAGGUCGGUGUGCUAACUGCGAGCAUGGAAGCCAAGGCCUCCUCUCAGCGGGAGAAGGAGGAAAAACCAGCCGAAACUAAGAAACUGAGGAUCGCCUGGCCGCCCCCCACGGAUCUUGGCAGUUCGGGAAGUGCUUUGGAGGAAGGGAUCAAGGUAUCCAAGCCCAAGUGGCCACCUGAGGAUGACGUCAGCAAGCCCGAAGCUCCUGAGGAUGUAGCUCUAGAUUUGAAGAAGCUAAGACGGUCGUCUUCGCUGAAGGAAAGAAGCCGCCCCUUCACUGUAGCAGCUUCCUUUCGAACCACUUCUGUUAAGGGCCCCAAACCCCUGUCCUCACCUGUUAGGAAAGGCAGGAGUGUAUCAGAGCAGAGUGAGGAGUUAGGAGGAGGAGCAGCAACGGCAACGAAACAAGUGGAAAAUGCCGACACCUGUGAGAAGACUGGGGCUGUGGGAAGAAGGACCUGGCAGAACGAGGAAUCUGGAGGGGAGGCCGGAAGGAGAAGUAAGGAAGUUCAUGAUUUUGAGAUGGGGAAUGAGAAUCUGAUAGAAAAUGGUGCAAACUCAGAUGAAGAUGAUAGAAACCUUCUCAAACAGCAGUUGCCCCUGGAACCCAACCCAAGUUGGCCCAGCUUUGCAGACGACACCUCCACCAAUGAAUUCACUACUCAGAAGCAGAAAUCCCAGGAUGCAGGCUUCUGGGAGGGAGAUGUAGAGCUGUCUGUGGAAGAACAGAUAAAGAGAAAUCGGUAUUAUGAUGAGGAUGAAGAUGAGGAUGAGGAAUGACAAAUUACCGCGAUGCAGGGCCUUAAAUUCAUGUUAGUGUUAGAGAGCCACUGCCCUUUACGAAAGUAAUUCAUGGAAACAGGUAUCUUAGCAUGAAGUCUAAUUUAUAUGGAUGUAACUUUGGAAGAGUUCCUGCUUCAAAAAAAUCCCAUGCUGCAGUUUAAGUAAACCAAUUCUACAAUCUAGAGAUAGUUAUUUUAAUCCUCUGUUUUAGCAAAUGAUGACAUGCCUAAGUGCUUUACGGGCUUCCAAGGGAGGAUGGAUGUUCCAACUGAUACAGUCCAGAUUCCACUGUAUUCCCAAAAGGCAAUAUGAAAUUAGGUAGAUAGUAGUAUAUUGUUACACUAAAAUUCAGUUAUGGAAUUAGAGAACAUACAGAAGGGAUUUAGGAACCCAAACAUGAAUGAGUGUACUUUGGUAUAAAGGGUACAGUUUAUAUAUUUUUAAAUGAAUAUCAAUUUAAUUGUUUCGUAUUCAUCUGUUAAGAGAUCAAAUAUUUAGUCUUUUAAAAAUAUUUUAGUCUACUUUUCUUACUGUGAUAUAUAUGGGGAAUUUAUUGCUUUGUAUCUUGUUCUCUAAGCCACAUUUAGAACUGGAUUAUUGAAAUAUGACAGUCAUCUUUUUGGAAUACCCUUUGAGCACCUUUGGUGCUUGGAGAGAUCCACUGUCUCCUAAAAUAUGCUGCGGUAUUUGCUGAGUUUGACUACACCACAAGCGGUCGCUUUUUUCUUUGGUGUGGCAUCCAUGCUUUGCAUAAUUUACCAAAGCUGCAAUAUUUUUAUAAGAUCUUUUGUAUUGUUGUUUACCACAUUGCACAUUAGAGCAAAGUGAGAUGUUUAAAAGAGGAAGAGCAGAGAGAAUAUCUUAAGGUUCAGAUCCCCAUGCCCUAUAUUCCACUUCUGAUAUCCCCUUUCGCAGACAGUUUUUAAAAUACCAGCUUUGAAAUGUAUUGAUUUUUAUAGGGGACAGUAUUCCCAGGGUGCAAUUAAACCAAUUAUAUACAUUUGGGGGCUAGGGGGACUUUAGUGUUAAUGGCUUUAGAACUUUAUAAACUUGACUAUAUUUGAUAAUUUGUACAUAAUUGAUAUUCCGUAUUGUAUGUGGGUGUGGAGAGAGAAGUGUUUUUAAACUAUUGGCUUUUCUUUGUACUGCAUUUUAGAGAUUUAACUCCAAUAUUUUUCAGAGAUGUAAAAUAUUCUGCUUUCUAUACACUUGCAUUUUCUGAAACAUUUUUAUUCAAUAAAGCUUUUAAUUUACAUUUGGAAUUUCCAGUAUUUAUUUUC